AAAGAGGUGACUGUAAAGUAAGUUACUGAUCUUGGGAAUGGUCGAAAGAGGAUGGCCAUGCUAACGUGGUAUAGUCACACGGAAAAUCGGGUGGCAGUCCUUGAGCAAUCACGGUGGUGGGGAUUCAAACCACCAAUAAUUAACCCAAGUGGUCCAUCUACGUGUUUUUGGCAAAAAUGGUGUCUUAGUAGCCAUGCUUAUAAAGUUUAUUCAUUAGAGCCCAACCGGCGCAACCUCCAUGCCCCUGGUUCAAGUGGUGCCUGGAUUAUGUGGGGAAAUCGGGGCUUCGUCAAGGCUUAUCUUAUCUGCUUGCAUCAGCACACCGGCUCCAACUUGAACCCAGGGUUCUACAAGGAAAACAACCAACGGAACACAGAAACACCAAUUUUUUUUUAAAAAGAAGGCUACGCCUGAUUAAAGAGCUAAAUUAAAUAUAUCCGGACCGUACCAGAUCCGAACAUAACAUCGGCACGAGGUUUAUGUCCGAUCAGCAAAUAUGGACAUGCGGGUUCAAGCUUG